AUGACCAUAUCCUCUCCUCCUCUGAGAGAUAGCUCUGUUGAUGCCUUUGUCAUCUAUUCAGAUAGCGAUGGGGAUGGGGGGUCACUGAAUUCAUUGGACAUCCCAAGACUGUCCAGAAGGCGCAGGUCUAGAACAAACCAAAUCAGCAGCACUCGUUCCCGUUCCCGUUCUAAAUCUACAGAGAUUAAACUGGAGGGUAAUAGUCCUGACAUUGCUGGAACUAAACGAAGAUCACGUCCUAGACGGAAGUCUGCUGGGUCAGGGUCCCUGUCUUUAGAAGGAUCCCCCAAGCCGGGUAAAAGGAAACCUCGAAGAAAGUCUACCAAAUCUGAAGGGGGUUCAUCAAUCUUUGCUAGUGGAUAUACUUCAACUCCUGCUACGGGUAAAAUCUUUAGAAACUUACUUAUAUUGGAAGAGAACCUUCGACAGCAAGUGAUUCAACAAAGAGCCCUAAGAAGGAAAUACUUGACCUUUUUAGCUAUUCUAUGUUGUUUAAUUACAUCUAUUUCCCAUGUGCUCUAUUUUAACCAAUCAGAGGCGACGACGAUCAAAGGCCCCUUUAGAGUAAUUCUACAAUUGAUCUUAUUGGCAUUAUUAGUUACUAUCAUGUUAUAUCACUUGUCUGGAGAAUAUCAAAAAACCAUUGUUCUACCUCGGAAGUUCCUUUCAUCUUCAAAUAAAGGAUUAAGACAAUUAAAUGUCAGAUUGGUUAAAAUCAAAACCCCUUGGUCCGACCAGUUUGUGGAUAUCUUGAGAGAAAUGGGUCUAUUUAUAAGUACAAUGUGUUUGAAAAGUGUUCAUAAAGUUUACCCACUGAAAAGGAAUAACCCCAAUUCAAAGUUAGAAGUGUUUUUGGUGUCUUGUCUACUGAAAUGUCAACCAAGAUUAGGGAUAACCGAUGUGAAAUUGGUCUUGAAUGCUAGAGUGUUUAAGACUCACGUUAGAGAAGGUUGGGACCUAUAUAGAAAUGAAUUCUGGAUUCAGGAGGGCGUCCGUCGUCGGAAACAAAUGUUAGCCUUCAUUGAAGAGCAGAAAGGGAAGUCAUUAACAAAGAAAAGGAAAAGGGCCGGAACAAGGCUGACAGAACCACAGUAA